AUGCUCCUCCGAUCGCCGCCGCGCAGCCUCCCCCACCUCCUCCGCCCGCACCUCCUUCGCGCCCUCUCCAACGCCUCCGCCGCGGCGGCGCUCGCGUCCCCGACCCCGCCCCCGGCACCCCCCUUGCCGGCCGAGUGGACGGAGGCGCCCGUCUCCGCGGUCCGCGCCGCCACCUCCGACGCGUCCCUCUUCCACGUCUCGCUCGACCUCUCCUCCCACGGGCCCCUCCUCGCCUCCCACGUCGCCGCCGGCCAGUUCCUCCCCUUCCGGCUCCCCUCCGCGCCCUACCCCAUCUUCCUCGCCAUCUCCUCCCCUCCCCCGGCCUCCUCCUCGGCGCGAGGGUCGUUCGAAUUCCUCGUCAAGCGCCUCCCCGGCACCCCCUCCGCGAGCCUCUGCGACCUCCGCCCCGGCGACCGCGUCCGCGUCGGCGGCACCGUCGUCGGCCGCGGGUUCGAGGUCGCGAGGGUCGGCGAUGCCCGCGAGGUGCUUGUAUUCGCCACCGGAUCCGGGAUCAGUCCAAUCCGGUCACUCAUUGAGUCAGGUUUUGGUGAAAAUGAGAAGGUUGAUGUAAGCCUCUUUUAUGGGGCUAGAAACCUUCAGAGGAUGGCAUAUCAAGAGAGGUUCAGUGACUGGGAGGCCAGAGGAAUAAAAAUUAUACCUGUUCUCUCUAGACCAGACGAUCAGUGGACUGGUCAGAGAGGCUAUGUUCAGAAUGCUUUUUCAAGGACGAAGAAGGUUGUAAAUCCAUCCUCGAUGGGAGCGAUUUUGUGUGGACAUAAACAGAUGACUGAGGAUAUUACUAGAGCUCUUGUUGCUGAUGGUAUGUCGAAAGAUAAAAUCUUAACAAACAUCUGACUGCCACUAGAACACGUUUCCGGCCCUUCUGGCUGUU